ACAUCUAAAAAACAAUUCUUCCCCAUUUUCCAAAUUGCAGUUUAACAAUGGCGUUGGAAGCGUAUACAUCACAACUCACAGACAAAAUACACACUGAUGUUCUCACCAAAGCUCGAAUCUCUUGCUACAAGGCGAGAGAUGCAUUUUAUUCAUGCCUGGAGAAAGAAUCGAACAAGAAGCCCACUGAAAUCGGGACUGUAGGGCUGUUAUACCCAACUGAUUGCAAGAAAACUAGGCAGGAUUAUGUGAAGCAAUGCCGACCCACUUGGGUGAAGCAUUUUGAUAGGCAGUACUGCGCUAAGAAGAAAGUUCAGAGGCUUUUGGAUGAUAAUGAGUCAAGGAGAGGUCCGUUGUCUCUUCCACAGCCUUAUACUUUCAAACCCCCUCGUUCCUGUUGAUAACAAAUUUGUGGCUAUCUUGGAUAUAUAGGCAAGUGGUUUCAUGAUGUCGGUCUCUGGUAAAUUUUGUGGUUGUACUGCGAUGGGGAACUUUCAAUUGCCCCAUGAGUAGUUGUAACUUGUAAUAAGUAAAAUUGGUAGGCGAGGAGGAAAUGAACUGUGUAUAUGUUGUGUACAAAAGCAAUCACAUACUUGCAUUUGUAUGGCUGCCAUCUUAUCGCUGUUGCUUUUACCCAUUAAGUUUUCAUGUGAAUAAUUGGUAGCAAGUCUUCAUUAGUGAAACUUCGUACUUUAUUGGA